AUGCGGCAAUUGGUGGGCCGUUUUUAUGACUACAACUCGCAAGGAACAAGGUGAUGAGAGACAGCAUCUAGCAAGUUCUCCACCCUUAGUGUAAACACCAAUUUUAGGGAAGUUUUUAAUGUUUGCUGUUUUAUCGCUUAUUGUUAUUAUUAUUAUUCUCUUGGGAGCUGCCCAGAGUGACCCGGGAAACCCAGCCAGAUGGGCGGAGUAUAAAUAAUAAAUUGUUAUUAUUAUAUAAUUAUUAUUACACUUAAUACACAUUUAAAGCACAUAUCUCCUCCCCAAGAAUCAUGGGAGCUGUAGUUUAUCCCUCACAGAAUAUAAAGCUGCUGAAUACACACUUGCAUGGGACUGAAUAAGCAUAUGGUAAAGGUAAAGGGACCCCUGACCAUUAGGUCCAGUCGUGGCCGACUCUGGGGUUGCGGCACUCAUCUCGCUUUACUGGCCGAGGGAGCUGGCGUACAGCUUCCAGGUCAUGUGGCCAGCAUGACUAAGCCGCUUCUGGCGAACCAGAGCAGCGCAUGGAAACGCCGUUUAUCUUCCCACUGGAGCGGUACCUAUUGAUCUACUUGCACUUUGACGUGCUUUCGAACUGCUAGGUUGGCAGGAGCUGGGACCGAGCAACGGGAGCUCACCCCCAUUGUGGGGAUUCCAACCGCCGACCUUCUGAUCGGCAAGUCCUAGGCUCUGUGGUUUAACCCACAGCGCCACCCGCAUCAUAUGAGCUGCCUGUAAAAACAAAAAAAUUAACUGUGCUAUUUCGUAAGAGUCAUAGGAUCGUAGGGUUGGAAGGGACCUCCAAGGAAGGAAGGAACAGAUUGUCUGUGCUUAUCCUCGCAAUAGGCUUGUGGAAACUACAGUGGUACCUCUGGUUACGUACUUAAUUCGUUCCGGAGGUCCAUUCUUAACCUCAAACCGUUCUUAACCUGAAGCACUUUAGCUAAUGGGGCCUCCUGCUGCCACCGCGCCACUGGAGCACAAUUUCUGUUCUCAUCCUGAAACUAAGUUCUUAACCUGAGGUGCUAUUUCUGGGUUAGCGGAGUCUGUAACCUGAAGUGUAUGUAACCUGAAGCGUAUGUAACACGAGGUACCACUGUAUUUUCUUACACUGAUAACUCAUUUUUCUUCCACAAAAAGUCUCUCAUCUAGGUGCUGAGCGGAAGCAGACCUACCUGAGCAAAAUGAUGACCUCAUGCGCCUUCAAAACAGAGUGACAUCAAUAACUGGCUCUUUCUCAGCCACUGCAGAGUUUUCUCUCAAUCUUAUUUUCUUUCUUUAAAAGAAAACACCAUUUCUAGGGUUGGCACCUCCCAUUUCCACUGCUGAACAGCUUGAAACACCUGACUACCCAAUCCAAACUCCAUAGACGGGCUACCAACCCACCCCUUACUCCACGUGUGCCCCCACCCUGCUUCCAUAGGUGGAAUCGGCACUGCUACGGUGCGACGUCAUGCCCGUUCGGCCUUUGCAAGACCUCGACCGUCUUUGGAACUCUCUGCCUCUUGAUCUCAAGUAGGCACCUUCGCUGUGCGCUUUUCGACGCCUGCUGAAAACACCCUUGUUUAGACAAGCUUCCCCCCUCCGCCCCGAUACUUAGAAAGCUGAGGCUAUCUUCUACAGCUUUAGUGGUUUAACCUUCUGCGUCUGCUUCUUGAGAACGAAGUAUGUACAUCUACACUUUCAUGAGUGUGUGCAUGCACAGGUCACGAACCUUGACAGAUGUCGUCUUAAAUCCCGAAAGAACCUCAAAACACCAUACUGUAUUCUACUCUUGCAGAUGUGUGACUUGCACUACUGUGGAGGCAGCUGACGACUUUCUGUGUGCAUUGGCCUUAAAUCACUAUCAUUUUGUUUUUUAAAUGGAUAACUUUAUCUCUUCUGUAAACAGGUUUUUGUACAAUCAAGCAGCAUAUAAAUUUUAUAAUAAUAAUAAUAAUUUUUUCUUUAUACCCCGCCCUUCCAGGUUCAAAAACCGGGCUCAGGGCGGCUGACAACUUAUUUAAAACACUUAAUUAAUGCAACAAAAAACAGCAUAAAAUACAAUAUAAAACGUGAAUAACAAUAAAUUCAGAAUUCAAAAAUCAAUUUUGGGGGGGAAAUCCAUCCAAUAAACAUUAGAUGAUCACCUGGGCUAGCUGGCUAAAUUAGUCCUAUUUGGGCCAGCAAGGAGAGCAGGGGAGAAUUAGCUGUGGGAUCCCAGAGCAGGUAAUCUUCAUAGAAAGGGGAGGGGGGAGGGAAGGAAGGGGAAUAAAAGAUCAGGCUAAGUUCAAGUUGAAAGCCAGGCGGAAUAGCUCUGUCUUACAUGCCCUGCAGAAGGAAGUUAAAUCCUGCAGGGCCCUGGUCUCAUGGGACAGAGCAUUCCACCAGGUCGGAGCCAUCACUGAGAAGGCCCUGGCCCUUAUUUAUAAAAAAACAAUAAAAAAAUUAAAAAGCACUGCUGCAAAUUUUCCUCAAUUUAAUCUUUUAGUAAAACUGUUUUGAGGGGUCUUUAAAAAAAUAAUAAAUAAAGGGGUGUGUAUAACUUUUAAGAAGGGAACAAGCAAGCGAGCAAUCAGUCCUAUUCCUUAGUACUUGGGUUGCGAGGCGGUCUCCAUAGGAUGCUUUUGUGCUGGAGAUCACGUGAAGGCUCCCCCCUUAUUCCUUUUUUUUAAAAAAAUAAUUUUUUAUUAAUUUUAACAUAUUAAUUAUAAUACAUACCAUAAAACUUCACAUCUUAUACAAUCUUUUUAGACUUCCAUCAGCACCUCUGAUGAUCCACCAUUCUUAUCAUUUCUUCUGCAUUUAUUAAAUUCAUAUUGCCUUUAAUUAUCUUAACUAACAAUCCCCCCUUUAUCCAUUUUUGCAAUAGUUCAAAUAAUUCUCCUCACAAAACUUCCUGCAAACCUACAAACGUAAUCUGAUCAUCACAAUUACUUUUCAAAUAGUCUGUAAAUUUACACCAGUCUUCCGUAAAUCUCUGGUCCCGCAGGUUUCGAAUUCUUCCUGUUAGUUUAUCUAAUUCUGCAUAGUUCAUCAAUUUCAUCCUCCAUUCUUCUUUCGUUGGUAAAUCUUCUUGCUUCCAUUUUUGUGCCAAUAAUAUUCUUGCUGCCAUCACUGCAUAUAAGAACAGCUUAGAAUCCUUUCUAUUUAUAUCAUCUCCUACAAAGCCAAGUAAAAAUUCUUCUGGUUUCUUGAUAAAUGUAUAUUUCAACAUUUUUUCCAUCUCAUAUAUCAUUUCCCAGAUGUUUUUCACCUUUUUACAUUCCCACUACAUAUGAUAAAAUGUUCCUUCUUUUUCUUUACAUUUCCAACAUUUAUUACUAACUUUAUACAUUUUAGCUAAUCUAACGGGAGUAAUAUACCAUCUAUACAUCAUUUUCAUCACAUUUUCUUUUAAGGCAUUGUAUGCAGUAAAUUUUAAACCUUCUUUCCAUAGUUUUCCCCAAUCACUCAACUGUAUGUUAUACCCAAUAUCUUUAGCCCAAUGAAUCCUAACCGAGUUCUUCUUCCUAUGCCGCAAUGCUGCAAGAGAAAUCUCUGCAUCCCACGACUCUUAACGCAACAGCUCGACCUUCUCCCCCUCUAUCUCUCUCCCCAGCUGCGGGAUAGACUCCCUCUCCCCGCCCUCCCUAACUUUUAGACACCACGAGCGACACCUGGCGCAGGCAGGCAGCGUCCAGCAGAGGGCUCCUCCUCCGCUUCUUUCCGAAGGAAGCUGCGGUGGCGAGAGAAAUACAGUAUCCACCGGGGCCCUUCCCUUCUCCCGCCCACGAUCCCAGAAGAUUGACGGGAGCUGGACCCCCUGCUGGGGAGGGAUCUUGGGAUCGUCCGCACGGAAAGGGACGCCGAGCUGCCGCAAGGGCCCGGAUCCCGCGUUGCAAAGCCCGAGCCCGACCGAGGUGAGACGCAGCAAGCAGCCCUUGGGCCGCGUCGGCCAUUAGCUCCUCCCGUGCAGCCCGUGGAGUCUCUUUGCAAGGCCGGAGGGUGGGGAGAUUGGGGGUCGAAUCGCCCCGGGAAAGACCCCGUCCAGGGCUGGGGGCGAGGAAGCCGAUCUGCGCCCAAGAGGUUCGGUUGGGAGAAAAGCAGAACGACGGAUGAAUGGAAAGGGUUUGUUUUUUUUUUGCUGUCCGCAGCCUAGGAUCUGCUGGAGGGGUAGAUCCGCCAACGAGGCAGGCGAUUUAGAUCCCCGCGAUCUCUCUACGCGUGCGAAAAUAGGGGAGGGGGGAUUCUCACGGUCAGGACAAGCAGCCUCAUCUAGCCUCGCGCCUCGAGGAAAUCGGGGUGGCGUAUAUUGAAAUUGCCACGUUUAGCUUUUCAGAACAGCGCUGGGAGGUAGGACGGGCUGAGAUAUACAGUGGUACCUCGGGUUACAGACGCUUCAUGUUACAGAUGCUUCAGGUUACAGACUCCGCUAACCCAGAAAUAGUACCUCGGGUUAAGAACUUUGCCUCAGGAUGAGAACAGAAAUCGUGCGGCGGCAGCAGGAGGCCCCAUUAGCUAAAGUGGUGCUUCAGGUUAAAUACAGUUUCAGGUUAAAAACAGACCUCCAGAACGAAUUAAGUUCUUAACCCGAGGUAUCACUGUAUAAUAUGACUGCCACAGGCUUUGAGGAAGUGCAGGAAAAGUUGGCCGUAGCGUUCUCCCCCAGUUCCUAGUUAGCGGGAUUUGGAGAACAGCCCCGAGCAGAGCUCCAGGCCCGCUCAGUUUAUGUGUGCUGGCAGUGCCACCCUGUUAACUAUGCCGUCAUAAUGCCACCCACAGGGCACCGCCAGCCAGUAUAGAUUGCUUAUCUGGGACUGGGGAAUGUGGGGCAGCUCUGGGUCUCUUUAAGCAUGCACCCACUGGAACCAGUGCUGGGGUGAGACAUUGAUUCCCAGAAAACACCCAAAUUUCCCAGCAUUUUCCAGAAGCUGUUUUAAUUGCUGGAAGGUUAUCACAGCUGGAAGGUUAUCUGGAUUGGACAGAGAGACUGUUUAGUCUGAACGCAAACCUGUGGGGCCUGUGGGGGGGGGUGUCUUGCAGCGACCCAGGGCAAGGCCUAAAACCUUUAAGUGUGCCUAUGUUGGGAACCCGAUAGAAGAUCGUAUUCUUGCAUAGUACUGUAAUCACUAAGCUUAAAGUCAACAACGAAAGAGUUCUGACCGUACUGGGUUGUGUUGCUGUGAUUUAUUGCUGUGCUGACACCUGGAAUUUCCUCCUCGCAUCAAGGCUGUGGUUUUGACCUUUAAAGCCCUAUGCGGCCUAGGACCCUCGUCCCUACGGGACCAGCUCUCCUGGUAUGCCCCAAGGAGGACCUUAAGAUCCACAAAUAACAACACCUUGGAGGUCCCAAGUCGCAAGGUGGUUAGAUUGGUCUCUACUAGGGCCAGGGCCUUUUCAGUACUGGCCCCGACUUGGUGGAACGCUCUGUCACAAGAGACUAGGGCCCUGCGGGACUUGACAUCUUUCCGCAGGGCCUGCAAGACAGAGCUGUUUCGCCUGGCCUUUGGUUUGGACUCGGUCUGACACUUAUGUUUCCCUCCCCUUAUGGUUUUGAACUAUGGGCUACUAUUAAAAUGAGGCUGCAUUUUAAAUUAUAUUUAAACCUCUAUUUUUAAUUGGUUUAUAUUUUUAUUUUAUUUUUUAAUUGUAAUUUUACUGGUGUUAGCCGCCCUGAGCCAGGCUCUGGCCGGGGAGGGCAGGGUAUAUAAAAAAAUUAUUAUUAUUAUUAUUAUUAGUGGCGUCCCAUAAUCCCAACAUGUUGUUGGGUAACCUGUAAUAUACCCAACAGCCCGUGCUGUCCCAGCUUAGAAUCAUAGAUGGAGUCAUAGCAUUGUAGAGUGGGAUGGGGUUCCAAGGGUCAUCUAGUCCAACCCCCUGCAAUGCAGGAAUCUCAGCUAAAGUAUCCAUGACAGAUGACCAUCCAACCUCUGCUUAAAAACCUCCAAGGAAGGAGAGACCACUAUCUCCCAAGGUAAUCCGUUACCCUGCCAAACAGCUCUUACUGUCAGAAAGUCCUUCUUGAUAUUUAGUCAUAAUCUCCUUUCAUGCAACUUGAAGCCAUGGGUUCGAGUCCUACCCUUCAGAGUAGGAGAAAACAAGCUUGUUCCUCUUCCAUGUAACAACCCUUGAGAUAUUGGAAGAUGGCUAUCAUAUCUCCUCUUUCCCAGUUUAACAUACCCAAUUCCCUCAGCCGCUCCUCAUAAGGCUUAGAUUCCAGACCUUUGAUCACCUUGGUUGCCCUCCUCUGCUCACCUUCCAGCUUGCUAAUAUCCUUCCUAAAAUGGUAGCACCCAGAACUGGACACAGUGUUCCAGGUGUGGUCUGACCAGGGCAGAAUAGAGCAGUGCUAUGGCUUCCCUUGAUCUGGACACUAGACUUCUGUUGUCGCAGCCUAAAAUAGCAUCAGCUUUUUUUUUUUUGGCUGCUGCAUCUCACUGUUGACUUAUGUUAAGCUUGUGGUUACUAAGAGCCCUAGAUCUUGGCCACCCUUCUCUGCCCACAUUCCAGGUUGUCAAUAUUUCUCUUUAAUUGUGGUAUGUCGGGGACAGGACUGGCAUUAUCAAUUGGGUGGGUACCAGCCAUGGUGUUCACUCCAGCAGCAGUGAGUGAGUCCUGCUGGGACCCCGAAGAGAGAGAGAAAGGAGGGAGUAGCAUAACCACAGGGAUGCGGGUGGCGCUGUGGGUUAAACCACAGAGCCUAGGACUUGCUGAUCAGAAGGUCGGCGGUUCGAAUCCCCGCAACGGGGUGAGCUCCCGUUGCUCGGUCCCUGCUCCUGCCAACCUAGCAGUUCGAAAGCACGUCAAUGUGCAAGUAGAUAAAUAGGUACCGCUCCGGCGGGAAGGUAAACGGCGUUUCCGUGCGCUGCUCUGGUUCGCCAGAAGCAGCUUAGUCAUGCUGGCCACAUGACUCGGAAGCCAGCUCCCUCCGCCAAUAAAGUGAGAUGAGCGCCGCAACCCCAGAGUCGGUCACGACUGGACCUAAUGGUCAGGGGUCCCUUUACCUUUACCUUUAGCAUAACCACAGAAAACAAAACAAGAGGCAAACUCUCAGAACAGUCUGGAAAAGGAAUCAUUUUAUCAUGUAAACCAUUUUAUCACUUUAUAUUGAUUGAUUGAUUGAUUGAUUGAUUGAAUUUAUAUACCACCCUAUACCCAGAGGUCUCAGGGAGGUUCACAGAAAAGACCACAAUAUACAAAAUCAAAAUAAGAAUGAUAACCCAAUACUGCAACACCCCUCCAAAAAAGAGCCACAUUUUAAAAUGGGAUAAGAUGUCCAUCAGGUCAACCAAAGGCCUGGUUAAAAAGGAACGUGUUUGCCUGGUGCCUAAAGGUGCAUGAUGAAGGCGCCAGGCAAACUUCCCUGGGGAGAGCAUUCCACAGAUGGGGAGCCACUGCAGAGAAGGCCCUGUUCUCGUCUUGCCACCCUCCUGACCUCUCAAGGAGGAGGCACACGAAGGAGGGCCUCAGAAGAUGAUCUCAGUGUCCGGGUAGGUUCAUAUGGAAAGAGGCGGUCCUUGAGGUAUUGUGGUCCUAAGUAUGCUGGUUAUAUGCCCAGAUGGCUUCAAUGUAUACAUUCAGUCUGUUCUGCUUUCUUUCCUCUCCCAUCUUAAGGUCAGACCCAAAGAGCAGCUUAAACAUUUUUUAAUCGAUAAACAAUGCACCAAAGGCUGAGAAAAUGGGAAGAAGGGCUUGUGAACAUCAAUAUGGGGAUUGUAUGAAUCGUUGAAUUGCAGAGAUGGAAGGUAUCCCCACAGAACAUCCCUAGUCUGAUUCCCUGCAAUACGAAACAAUUUUUGGAGUCCUCAGCACGGAAUAACUCCUCAUCUCUGUUUUCUCUCUCUCUGUUUCUUUUCAGCUAUUGAGAAAAUGUUGACCCAACACAAAGAGGAGAAAACCGACCAGGAAAGUCCAUUGGAGGAGGGCAGCACUAGGAGCCCGCCUCACUUGAAGGCCUUUCUGGGAAGGCAUGGAACUGGGAUGCCGGAAGAACAAGUUCUCAAGAAGAAACACAAGUGUCCUGAUUGUGGGAAGAACUUUUGCCGCCGUUCGGACCUUGUCCGGCACCGGAAACUCCAUACGGGAGACCGUCCGUUUAUCUGUUCCAAGUGUGGGAAAGGCUUUGUUCAGAGUACCCACCUCAUCGCGCACCAGAAAAGCCACGUGCGAGAGAAGCCCUUUUUCUGUCCUCACUGCGGAAGAAGCUUCAACCAGAUCCUGAACUUCAACAGACACCAGAGAACUCACUCGAAGGAACCGCCUUUCCAGUGCUGCGACUGCGGGAAGACCUUCAGCCGCAGCUCGAACCUUAUUAUGCACCAGAGGGCGCACACAGGGGAGAGGCCCUAUAAAUGCUUCGACUGUGGAAAUAGCUUCAGCAGGAGCUCCACUCUCGUUACUCAUCAGAGAAUCCACACUGGCGAGAAACCCUAUAAAUGCCAGGACUGCUGGAAAAGUUUUGGCAGACGGUCGACCCUCGUGAUGCACCAGAGAAUCCACACGGGGGAGAAGCCUUAUCAAUGUCCCGACUGCCCGGAAAGCUUCAGCGUUAAAUCGGGUCUUCUAAGUCAUCAGAGAAUCCACAUGACCGAGAAACCCUACCUUUGCCUGGAGUGCGGCAAAAACUUCUGCCGGAGCGCAGACCUUAUCAUCCACCAGAGAAUCCACACGGGAGAAAAACCCUACAAGUGCAACGACUGCGGCAAGAAAUUCAACACGAACUCGCACCUCGUCACGCACCUGAGGAUUCACACAGGGGAAAAACCGUACAAGUGUCCCGAGUGCGGGAAAGGCUUCUCUUACAGCUCGGUGCUUGUGGGCCACCAGCGGCUUCACACGGGAGAAAAGCCGUACGCCUGUCUCGAGUGCGGGAAAACCUUUCGCAACAAUUCGCACCUUAUCACGCACCAGAGAGUGCACACGGGAGAGAAGCCUUACGAAUGCGCUGAGUGCGGGAGGGGUUUCAGUGUCAGUUCAAAUCUUCGGAAGCACCGGAAAAUCCACGAAAGGGAGACCUCUCUUAAAGAUUCUGAGUAG